AUGCGCGCUCCAGUUGUGUCGACGCUUGUUCUAGUCUGGCUGUGGUGCUGCGGGAGCGCGCCGGGUGAACGGGGACAGAAGGUGUCCAGGAGAGCGCCGAGGACUCGCUCGUGUCUAGAUUUACCGGAGGAGAUUUUGGAGCAGAUGUUCGGGAGGCUCUCGGUCGGGGUACUGAGCGCGUUUCAUCACACUCUGCAGCUUGCGACUCCGGAGCGCCAGAAUCUGAGCUGUGGAUCAGCGUCCCGCUUGGCGCGCGACAGACCGCGAACACCGGUCAAUCUGCUCAGCCUUUCUCCUUGGGCGUACAGAAUCUCCCAUGAUCCAGCGAGGUACCCUCGAUAUCUCCCAGAGGCGUACUGUUUGUGUAAGGGAUGCCUGAGCGGUCUGAACGGUGAGGAAAGUGACCGCUUCCGCAGCACUCCAGUCUACAUGCCGACUGUCAUACUGCGCCGCACCGUGGGCCCUUGUGUGGGAGGCCGUCAUUCCUACACAGAGAGCUAUGUGUCCAUCGCUGUGGGCUGUACUUGUGUGCCAUUGUUGGAAAAAGACAGUAAAAUACAGAAAAGCAAGCCAAGUGUGAGGAGAGUCGCUUCCAAAAACACAGUCUCCAGCACCUUCAGGAAGAAUGAACUCAACUGA